CUCCAAACGUCUGACACCCUAUAAUCAUGUCACCUUAUCAUUUCACCCUGAAGAAGGCACAGGGAUACCGAAACGUUGGUAUCCAACAGACCAUUGAGCAGGAGGAGAGUCAGAACAAGUCUUCAGCUGACCUGAGGAUACGCAAGACACAGCACUCAACGCUGUCCCGUAAGUUUGUGGAGGUGAUGUCAGAGUACAACGCCACCCAGUCAGACUACAGGGAGCGCUGCAAGGGACGUAUCCAGAGACAGCUGGAGAUCACUGGGAGGAAUACAACAAACGAGGAGCUGGAGAGCAUGUUAGAGAGCGACAACCCAGCGAUCUUCACCUCAGGGAUCGUCAUGGACUCCAACAUCACCCAGCAGGCGAUGAACGAGAUCGAGACUCGUCACACUGAGAUCAUCAAGCUGGAGAACAGCAUCCGUGAGCUACAUGACAUGUUCAUGGACAUGGCCAUGCUGGUGGAGAGCCAGGGGGAGCUGGUGAACAACAUUGAGCAGAACGUGUGUAACACCCAGGACUAUGUGGAACAGGCCAGAGACAACUACAAGGCUGCCGUCAGCAUGCAGAAGGGCGGCCACAGGAAGAAAAUUCUGAUCAUUAUUUGCUGUGUGAUUCUGGGAAUCGUCAUUGCUUCUACAAUUGGAGGAUAUCUAGGUAUAGCCUGAGACACACACCGAACGUCACACAUACAGGUCUACAAGUGGGCCCGUUUCCCCUGAAUACAACACACACACACACACAUACAGGUCUACAAGUGGGCCCGUUUCCCCUGAAUACAACACACACACACACACACACACACACAUACAGGUCUACAAGUGGGCCCGUUUCCCCUGAAUACAACACACACACAAACACAUACUAUACAGGUCUACAAGUGGGCCCGUUUCCCCUGAAUACAACACACACAAACACACACACAUACCGGUCUACAAGUGGGCCCGUUUCCCCUGAAUAAAACACACACCCACAUACACACACAUACAGGUCUACAAGUGGGCCCGUUUCCCCUGAAUACAACACACACACACAUACAGGUGUACAAGUGGGCCCGUUUCCCCUGAAUACAACACACACACACAUACAGGUGUACAAGUGGGCCCGUUUCCCCUGAAUACAACACACACACACAUACAGGUGUACAAGUGGGCCCGUUUCCCCUGAAUACAACACACACACACAUACAGGUGUACAAGUGGGCCCGUUUCCCCUGAAUACAACACAUACACACACAUACAGGUGUACAAGUGGGCCCGUUUCCCCUGAAUACAACACACACACACAUACAGGUGUACAAGUGGGCCCGUUUCCCCUGAAUACAACACACACACACAUACAGGUCUACAAGUGGGCCCAUUUCCCCUGAAUACAACACACACACACAUACAGGUGUACAAGUGGGCCCGUUUCCCCUGAAUACAACACACACACACAUACAGGUGUACAAGUGGGCCCGUUUCCCCUGAAUACAACACACACACACAUCCAUACAGGUGUACAAGUGGGCCCGUUUCCCCUGAAUACAACACACACAUACAUACAGGUGUACAAGUGGGCCCGUUUCCCCUGAAUACAACACACACACACAUACAGGUGUACAAGUGGGCCCGUUUCCCCUGAAUACAACACACACACACAUACAGGUGUACAAGUGGGCCCGUUUCCCCUGAAUACAACACACACACACAUACAGGUGUACAAGUGGGCCCGUUUCCCCUGAAUACAACACACACACACAUACAGGUGUACAAGUGGGCCCGUUUCCCCUGAAUACAACACACACACACAUACAGGUGUACAAGUGGGCCCGUUUCCCCUGAAUACAACACACACACACAUACAGGUGUACAAGUGGGCCCGUUUCCCCUGAAUACAACACACACACACAUACAGGUGUACAAGUGGGCCCGUUUCCCCUGAAUACAACACACACACACAUACAGGUGUACAAGUGGGCCCGUUUCCCCUGAAUACAACACACACACACAUACAGGUGUACAAGUGGGCCCGUUUCCCCUGAAUACAACACACACACACAUACAGGUGUACAAGUGGGCCCGUUUCCCCUGAAUACAACACACACACACAUACAGGUGUACAAGUGGGCCCGUUUCCCCUGAAUACAACACACACACACAUACAGGUGUACAAGUGGGCCCGUUUCCCCUGAAUACAACACACACACACAUACAGGUGUACAAGUGGGCCCGUUUCCCCUGAAUACAACACACACACACAUACAGGUGUACAAGUGGGCCCGUUUCCCCUGAAUACAACACACACA